AUGGCGAUUCGUUACUUAUUCAGAAAGGCUUUUACUAGUACGGAUCCUGAUGGUGAAAGAUUGUCUGAUGGUCAGGAUGCCAGUUCUGGGUAUACAUCUGUACCAGAGAUUCCAACAGAUAUAUUUGACCCAAACCAGUGCGGAAUCAAACCAUUAAGAAGACUCAUCACAGUCACCCACACCUCAACAAUUAUCGUCCCCUCCUCAACGCUGGGUGUUGUACCGACGAAAACACCUAUGAGAUCAACGGUAACUCAUAUCGUAUCAUCUACCACUAGAACCUUGACUUCCAUCGCACAACCCACAAUACCACCCAGUGGAAUAACUGCAAUUGCUCUUAGUGAGAUCUCUAUUUGGAACUCAAUUGCCGUAACCGCGACAGAUCCAAUAUUGAAGGGUGCAUUGAAAUCGGCCAUUAGCCAAGAGAGUCGCGCUGCCAACUUAACUCCCGGUGCUUACACUGCUGUUAUCACAAUCUCACCCGCGGAACAAACCGCUAUAGACAAGGCAGAUAAAGACAGCGCUCGUCAUCUACAUAACACCACUAUAAUCUUGAGUGUUUGUGCUGUUGUGCUAUUCCUAUUAUGUAUCUACAUGCUCGGCUGGUACUUUCUGCGAAAGCAUCGUCGACGAAGAGGAAGAAGAAUGCCACCACUUACCGAAUAUAUUCCUCCCAACUUGGGUUCUUUGGGCGGUCUAAUGGCCGAGAUGGGCCGGGAAAAUGUUGUUGAGCGAGAGGUACACGACAGUAGAGCUGAUGGGAUUCAUAGGGUUCCAAGGACUCCGAAGCCUCCAAGAGUUCAUAGUACUUUGCAAGAACUAGAGAUUCCAGAAGGGUUUGCAGAGCUACCUGGCUCUGUUCCAGAGAUAGAAUCAGUAAGACGUACGGGACUACAGCAUGAAGGCGAGGGUGUAGCAAAUUCAGAGAAGAUUCUCUAUGAAGUUUGA